AUGGAGGACGACGACAACAACUACACACCAAGUCAGCCGAAACCUCCUGUUGAUAGCAACGCAAGGCAGGAAGAACAACCUUUUCAGAUUGGAAACACACCGAGAUCUCCGGACUUUUUCGCAUUGCCUCAGCAUCAUGCACCUUCUCCGUUUGGGAGUUUUCCUCCUCCUCCUACCCAAGAUAACCGAGCUAGCUCCAGCUAUAGCUACGGCCCCACCCGGUUAUUUGGUCACGACCGCCAGUGA